GUUCCGCUCUGACGCGCCGUGUGAUCAGCAUCACUGCAACGCGACACUACAUAGCGUUAGCUGCGCACUCAGUACAUAACUCCGAGUCGAGGCUCAUCCGAGGGUGAAGCGGACUCAAACCUCGGCUAGCACAGACCACGGUCUUGAUGGAAUACGCCACAGUAGUAUCUGCACUUGCUCUUGUCUUUGCCACGACCGUCUUUCUCGCGGUAGGAAAAAUGUGGUUCUUUUCCAAGAAAUGGGACCCUCGCGGGCAGCACUGCUUCGUCACUGGAGGCUCUUCAGGCACGGGCCUUGCGCUCGCGCUGCUGCUCGUCAAGCGCGGUGCACACGUAUCCAUCGUGGCACGGAAUGAGGAAAAGCUGCAGAAGGCACUAGCAGAGCUCGAGGAACAGCGCCAGUCUCCAGAACAGAUCCUCAAGUCUUACUCGUUUGCUGUGGACAGCGAAGCAGGCUCCGCCGCGGCGCUCCAGGCUGCGAGUGAAGCGCAUGGCGGGCGCUGCCCGGACGCCUUCUUCCUCUGCGCAGGCGCUUCCAGGCCGUCGUUCUUCAUCGACCAGAACGAGGAUUCGAUGCGGAAAGAUAUGGAUUCGUCGUAUGGCGCUCAAGCGUUCACGGCAUUGGCCGCCACGAAGGAGAUGGUGAAGCAAGGUGUCAAGGGCAAAGUCGUCUUCGUCUCUUCUGUCUUGGGUUACUUCUCCAUUGUAGGCUAUUCGACAUACUCACCGGGCAAGUUUGCGCUGCGAGGCCUCGCAGAGGCCCUCCAGUCGGAACUCAUCCUCUACGGGAUUGACGUCCACAUCGUCUUCCCGGGCACUAUCUACACGCCCGGCUACGAGACGGAGAACCUCACGAAACCCAAAGUUACGCUGAAGAUCGAGGAGUCCGAUACUGGGUCAACCCCCGAACACGUUGCCGACAUGAUCUUCAAAGGCGUCCAGAGGGGCAAGUUCCACAUCACCGUGGACUUCUUGGGCCAUAUCUUCCAAGCAUCCUCGGCCGGGUCCUCACCGAGAAACAGCUAUCUCUCGGACAUGUUCUUCGCUCUCAUUGGCUAUAUUGCCUUGCCCAUCUGGCGGCUGACCGUGGAUUCCACUGUCCGCGCGCAUCGCGUGGAGCACGAGGAGUAUCUGCGCCAGCAAGGGCACACUGGUGCCAAAUGAUGAACUUGUUUUGGUUGCUCGAUCCUGCUGUGGCACUGCGGGGAUUCUGCAGCUGGUUCUUGAUGUCCCUUACUGUACUCGGUGCUUCAUUGUAUAAUUGCAUCUUCACGGCGUCAGUCCGCAAGAGUGAUACAGC